GCCGCUCGCCCAGCUCGCGCGUCGGCCGCGGGGGGCGUGGGCGGGAGGGGAGAGAGCGGGGUCAGGGGGAGGGACCGCCAGGGUGGGCCGCCGAUCGCCAGCCCCGCUUCCUUCCUGUGCACCUUGAGGGGCGGCGCGGCGGCAGCGAGGGGUUUGUGCUCGGGGACAGGGAGACUCGGGGGCCCGCGGGAGGACCGAAGGACGGACGCACGCCAAGGACCGUCCCCGAGCUUCCGCGCCAUGGCCGAGAGGAAGCCAUCCGGGAAGGCAGCAGAGGACGAAGAGGUCCCUGCCUUUUUCAAAAACCUGGGCUCGGGCAGCCCCAAGCCCCGGCAGAAAUUCUGUGGCAUGUUCUGCCCAGUGGAAGGGUCCUCGGAGAACAAGACCAUCGAUUUCGACUCGCUGUCAGUGGGCCGGGGCUCGGGGCAGGUGGUGGCUCAGCAGCGGGACGUCGCCCACCUGGGCCCCGACCCGCAGCCGCCCUUCUCCCGGCAGGGCCGGCGGGCCGGCGGGGAGCCAUCUGUUGAAUCCAGCCGGAAGGUGGAGAUCCGGCGGGCCUCGGGCAAGGAAGCCCUGCAGAACAUCCACGACCAGAGUGAUCGUCUUCUGAUCAAAGGUGGUAAAAUCGUCAAUGACGACCAGUCAUUCUAUGCAGACAUCUACAUGGAGGAUGGGCUGAUCAAGCAAAUAGGAGAAAACCUGAUUGUGCCAGGAGGGGUGAAGACCAUCGAGGCCCACUCUAGAAUGGUGAUCCCUGGAGGAAUUGAUGUCCACACUCGGUUCCAGAUGCCCGACCAGGGAAUGACGUCUGCUGAUGACUUCUUCCAGGGGACCAAGGCGGCCCUGGCCGGGGGCACCACCAUGAUCAUUGACCAUGUUGUCCCGGAGCCUGGGACAAGCCUGCUGGCCGCCUUCGACCAGUGGAGGGAGUGGGCCGACAGCAAGUCCUGCUGCGACUACUCGCUGCAUGUGGACAUCACCGAGUGGCACAAGGGCAUCCAGGAGGAGAUGGAAGCGCUGGUGAAGGACCACGGGGUAAAUUCUUUCCUCGUGUACAUGGCUUUCAAAGAUCGCUUCCAGCUAACAGAUUCCCAGAUAUAUGAAGUCCUGAGUGUGAUCCGGGAUAUUGGUGCCAUAGCCCAGGUCCAUGCGGAAAACGGCGACAUCAUUGCAGAGGAACAGCAGCGGAUCUUGGAUCUGGGCAUCACGGGCCCCGAGGGACACGUGCUGAGCCGGCCGGAGGAGGUUGAGGCGGAAGCCGUGAAUCGGUCCAUCACCAUCGCCAACCAGACCAACUGCCCGCUGUAUGUCACCAAGGUGAUGAGCAAGAGCGCAGCCGAAGUCAUUGCCCAGGCCCGGAAGAAGGGAACCGUGGUGUAUGGUGAGCCUAUCACCGCCAGCUUGGGGACAGAUGGCUCCCACUACUGGAGCAAGAACUGGGCCAAGGCUGCAGCCUUUGUCACCUCCCCACCCCUGAGCCCCGAUCCAACCACUCCAGACUUCCUGAACUCCUUGCUGUCGUGUGGAGACCUCCAGGUCACUGGCAGUGCCCACUGUACCUUCAACACCGCCCAGAAGGCCGUAGGAAAGGACAACUUCACUCUGAUUCCUGAGGGCACCAAUGGCACCGAGGAGCGGAUGUCUGUCAUCUGGGAUAAGGCUGUGGUCACUGGAAAGAUGGAUGAGAACCAGUUUGUGGCUGUGACCAGCACCAAUGCAGCCAAAGUCUUCAACCUUUACCCCCGGAAAGGCCGCAUCGCUGUGGGAUCCGAUGCAGACCUGGUCAUCUGGGACCCCGACAGCAUGAAGACCAUCUCGGCCAAGACACACAACAGCGCGCUCGAGUACAACAUCUUCGAAGGCGUGGAGUGCCGUGGCUCCCCACUGGUGGUCAUCAGCCAGGGCAAGAUUGUGCUGGAGGACGGAACCCUGCAUGUCACAGAGGGCUCUGGGCGCUACAUCCCCCGGAAGCCUUUCCCUGACUUUGUUUACAAGCGUAUCAAGGCCAGGAGCAGGCUGGCGGAGUUGAGAGGGGUCCCCCGCGGCCUGUACGACGGGCCCGUGUGCGAGGUGUCCGUGACGCCCAAGACGGUCACCCCAGCCUCCUCGGCGAAGACGUCUCCUGCCAAGCAGCAGGCCCCACCUGUGCGGAACCUGCACCAGUCUGGAUUCAGCUUGUCUGGCGCUCAGAUUGAUGACAACAUCCCUCGCCGCACCACCCAGCGCAUCGUGGCGCCCCCUGGUGGCCGUGCCAACAUCACCAGCCUGGGCUAAGCUCUUGUGCCCACGGUCCGCUGGGGACAGGGAUGGGACACCCGAGGACAUUCUGAGACUUCCUUCUCCUUCUUCUCCUCCUCCUCCUUUUUUUUUUUUUAAAGAGCCUGUGAUAGUUGCUGUGGGCAGCCAGUUCCUGGGGCUACCCCUGGGGUCCCACCCUCUGCCUCUCACCUGGAGUUACCGAAUUCGCGCACCCACUUCCCCACCCACCCGUGAACACCACACCCACGCCUAGCACCCGCCCUGGCCCUGCACGGAGCUGCCUCCGACACAGAGGUGUGUGCGCCACAAACAGCAGGUCCGGGCUCCUCCGCUCCGCCCUCCGAGCCAGAGCCAGCAUCUUCCUUGUCACGGGGAGGAUACAGUGAAUCGCCCUGAGCUGCCUUUUUGUCUUUGCUUUUUAAAUUUUUAAGAAGGCUGUUUUUUCUCUUUCUUUUUUUUUUCCUGUGGGGCUGGGGGUGGGGUGGGAGAGAGUUUUUUCUUUUUAAAUAUUAAAUUGGAAAGUGAUUCAGUGUUAACACGGGGUUUGAACUGGACAUCCUAAUGAUGCAAUUAAUUAUGCAACCAUCAUGCUCUCCGAGUGGUUGGCAAAGUUGCUUCGUCCCUCCCGAGCGGCUCCCGAGCGUCCCUCCCCUCCAGUCUUCUGAGUCAGCUGUUGUGAAAGGGCAGGUUCCCUCUUGGCCUGGGUUUUUGCAGUGGAUUAGGUCUUUUGAGGAUUCUCCUUGCCACGUUUCCACCCCUCUCUCUUGCUCUCUAGCUUUUUGGUUCAUGAAUAUUUCAGAUGCCCGCGUCUGCCUCCUGUUUCCCUGGCCCUCGCCAGAGGCUGGGUUUCUCCCUCCUUCCCCCGAGGUCUUUUCUGGUCGCCAGGUGUCCCGGGUCCCGGUCAGAACCCGCCGGAAGGAAGGACUUCCCUUGCCCGGCUGCCCCCACCCGUGUCUUCCCGGUCCUUGUCAGACUGGUGCUACCGCCCACGGUCACGAGUGGUGCGUGCGAGGUUGUCUCUUGCCAGGUACGGGAUGGCUGGUUCUCACCCAUGCCAGCCCCGGGCCAAGUCGGGCCUCGAGGCAUGGGCACCCAAAGGGUGAGGCGGUGGCAUGUUGAGUGCUUUUUGAAAGAGUCCGCCCAGGCCCGGGCAGGCAGUGCCCAGGCCCCAUGAAGGAUCUUUGGGUUCCGGAAUAUACCAAGGUUUCUCGCUGUGGGGAAAACACCAUAUUUUUAUCUUGUCCAGUUAUUUCAAAAGCGAUAAUGCAGUACAAGGUGGGCUUUACAAACUCAGAAAUCCCUUGGGAAAUUUGGCUGAACGUCCAUGUUACUUUGCAAGAGAGGAAAAAAAAUCUGUUUUAUGACCCAUGGGUCAUGUCAGGGCCGAUUGGGGAAAAAAAUCUUCCAGGUGGAGUGUGUGGACAGUAGAGAUCACAGGGGACCUUGGGCCGCGCCCCUCCCUCCUGCCUCAGUGACCCCUUUGUGCUGGCCGCCUGCUUUCUGCCCCUGCUGACCGCCUCGAGUUUCUCUCCAGACCCGUGUGCAGGUUCUCAUGAGCAAUGUCAGGUUUGCGGGCUUCUGUGAAACCAAAUCGGCUUUUGUAAAGCGUGACAUCAGAAAGUAGGUCAUUGUCAUUACUGUGACCCUUGUCUCUCCACACGUUUUUGCCUUUGGGGUUUGUGGUCGGGGUUUUGGUUUGUUGUUGUUGUUUAUUUGUUAUUUGAAAGGUAAAUUGCACUUUUUUUUUUAAAAAAAAGGAAUUGGUUGACUUAAUAUAUUUGCUUUUUUUUCUUCUCACCUAUACUUAGAGGAAAUUGGAACAAGUUGGAAAAGAAAUUUUUGUUUCAAUUCUAAGAAACACAUGCAGCUCUUCAGUAUUCGCUCCUCUUCCUGUCUUUCCCGUACUGGGCCAUGGUAAUUUUGGUUGUUUCGGUUAUUUUCUUAAAAAAAAGAAACCACAAUUCUAAACCCGAAGAUUCCCGCAGGCUGUGUAAGCAUGUUUACCUGUUGGCUUGCUUUGUGUAUCUGUUAAUGAAUGUCAUGUAAAUGCUAAAAUAAAUGGACAGUGUCUCAGAACUGAGUAACUGCAGUGACUUGAUGCUCUAAACCAGUGUAGGAUUUAAUACUAGGUGGCUUUUAACCCUUGAAAUUGUGAUUGUGACUCAUGAGUGGAGGACCUUCCAGUGCUAAAGCUGAUCAUGUGUGUAACCAGAGAAGUUCUUUUGUUUUUUAGUUUUUGUUUUUUAGUUUUGUUUUUGUAACCACUCACUGUCUUAAUGGCAAAAUAAUUAUGGUAAAACAACAAGUCUCGUGUUUAUCAUUCCUUAAGAACUCUGUGUUAUAUUACCAUGGAACGCCUAAUAAAGCAAACUGUGGUUGUUUCCGG